GAGGAGGAGUGAGUGGUGGCCUCCAGGGGGCUCCUUUGUGUUGAAUUCAGCAGCAUCUGUAGCCUCCAAGCUGCAAACCCCUGGCUCCAUGCAAAUUCAGCCUUGUGUAAGUGUCAAGCCCUGCACCCUGUGUCUCCAGCCUCGUCCCACCGUUUCCUCCUGAGAUCUGACGCUGCGGAGAGACAUCAGUCGCACCCACAUCUCCCCUGCCAGCCCAGCUCUCAAAUCUCUCGCUGCUCCCCUCCCUCAUUCACUGGCUGCUGCUCCAUACAUACAGCUCAUUCUCUCUGUCCUGUUGGGGAGGCUCAUUGUGUUGAGAAAAGAUGGUGAAACUGGGGAAUAAUUUCAGCGAGAAAGGAGCAAAGCCUCCAAUCUGUGAGGAUGGAUUUGAUACAAUCCCAUUGAUGACCCCUUUGGAUGUCAACCAGCUGCAGUUCCCACCUCCAGACAAGGUGGUUGUUAAAACAAAGACCGAAUACGAGCGGGAUCAUAAGAAAGGCAAAUUCCGGGCCCCCAAGAUUGCUGAAUUUACUAUCAGUGUCAGUGAAGGUGUAUCUGAGAGAUUCAAGGUUACAGUUCUUGUCCUGUUUGCUCUGGCGUUUCUGGCCUGUGUCGUGUUCCUGGUUGUCUACAAGGUGUACAAAUAUGACCAUGCCUGUCCUGAAGGCUUCGUGCUUAAGAACAAUCGAUGCAUUCCGGCAGCCCUGGAUAACUACUACACCGAACAAGAACCCAGCGCCCAAGGGAAGUUUUACACGGUCAUCAAUCAUUACAACCUCGCCAAGCAAACCAUCACGCGCUCCGUGUCCCCGUGGAUGACCGUUCUUUCGGAAGAGAAACUGUCCGAGCAAGAGACCGAAGCUUCCCAGAAGUCUGCUUAGCCUGAUCGCCGCGCGUUUUGCAAUGUUAGGGGACUGAAACGGAACUUUUCAAAAGUAACUGCUUGUUUGCCUCUGGUAGCCAAGCGGUUAACGGUAAUUUAGAGGUAACUCGUAUUUAUGGUAAAAAAAAAAAAAGCGCUUCUGUUAACUGGUAUUGCUGUGCACACAUAACUGUACAGAUCAUUCAUACAGUAGGUACAUCAAUGUGAGGGCAACAAAAGCCGUCAUUUAUUUGCUCAAUCGUUUCACACCGAUGAAACCCGCAGUUUUCUUUAUUUUUUUCUGGUUAUGGAUUUGAUGAGAGGGAGAUUGAAGAGAUGGUUACGAAGCUCUAAGAGGUUAGCGUAAUGGUGUUUGUUUAAGUAAGCCAAGGGCGCUACGGACUGGUUUGUCUUGCGAGUAAUCUAUGAAAGAAGUAAAUAUACCAGAGGAUUUCAUAGGAUAAAGUAUCUGCUAAGGAAUGUCCCUAUUUCUAUUAGAUUGACUGCAAAAAGAUUGGGCAGAAGACGACCAUGAAGCCCAUCGUUUUAAUACAGAUCUUUCAGCGCGGAAAAGGAAUAAAACCAAUGGGACAGUUUUAUUAGGAUAUGGGGGAGGGGGAACCCAAUGAAUACAUUCUAAAUAUGAGUUUUACACUAAAGGUCCAAUCCAUCUCUCCACGACGAUGAACACUUUUUUCCGAUUUGAUGUUUUUUCUAGUUUAGUCGAGUAGCAAUAUACUGAAUCAUGUGCGAGUGUUUUUGGCUCAUGUUGUGACGAUAUAAACCGAGGAACCCCGGCGCCUUCUUCAUAGUAGGUCUUGAUAAAUCAUGUUUCCAUAGCCCCACGGCAACCCAAUAUUUUUAUAUUCAGAUCAAUAAAUAAUUAGGAAGCCUAGACAAGUCAGGAGUUUUAUUUCCACUAUAAAAUGACAAUUUGGCAGAGAACGAUCAACGGCAGAAUUUUUUUUUUUUCUUCUCCUCACCGAGGAAAAGUAAUUACACAGUCGAGAGAGUAAAAUCUAAAAGACGCAGGUCCAGCAAUACAUGGCGGGUAUUUAAGCCAAGGCUGAAGGAUUUGGAUAUGCAGUGAGAUGUAACAGAAGACAAACUGACAGUGGGAUAUUGCUUUCUAGAUGUGUAUAUACCGCUUUGUUGGAAAUAAUAUGUUUUGUAGGGGUGAAGCAAGAACAAAAAAACUAAAGAUGAACCUCAGCGGAAGAUCUAAAGGUUUAUCCUGUUGUUCCCAAUACUCAAUAGAUAUUUUUUGAUCAACAUCUUCACUUUUAGACUCGAUAAGGUCUUUUCAAUGUAAGAAUGAAGUGGGAUCUUUUUGCCUCUCCUUUUGUACAAUAGGUCCAUGUUGU